UUAUAAGAGAUUCACACACUUGGCCCUGCCUUUGGAGAAUUUUGUCAUUAGAACUGGAGUAAAUUCUGUUGUUCUCUAUAAUUUGUUGACAUACCAAGCCCCAGAUGCAGCAAGACUUCUUUUUUGUGGAUUCAUGUUUGCACUUGUGCUAUUGUACGAUUUAUCGGCAGUUUGUAUUUCAGGGAUAAAGUUUUCCUCAGAGUAUAAGUACCUAAAUUACAUCAUUGAAGCAGAAUUUUUCUUUCUGAUUUUCGUACGUUCGGCGUAUGGUUUCACAGCGGUGUUUCUUUUGUGGUUUAUUCUACCUGAUUUGAAAAAAUUGCUGGAUUACUGGAAAUCAGAUUGGUGCAGUAAGAGAUAUGAAUAUUUAGGUGGGAAAGUCCUUGAGGUGCUUAAGUACAUUAUUGAUUGUACAUUCUACCCUCUAUUCCUGGACUUCUUCUCAGAAAAGGAUAAAGAACACCCUGCACUGAUGUGUUUCGUUGUAUUCCUCUUCAUCCUGAAUGCAAUACUGGCUUUUGACCACAGGAGUAAUUUACCUGGUGUACCUCAUAUCCUAGUAUUUGUGUUUGGUUCUACUGUCCUAAGUGUCCUUAAUUCAGCUGCUCUAGCAACAGAAGUCUUUCUGAAAGCAGAAAAAGGAAAGCGAAUUGUGGAAGAUCUCCGGGUAUUUGUCUUGCCCCUUGAAUCUUUCUUUUUGAUCUGUUGGCUAGUUUUACAGACCUAUGCAUACUGUAUGCAGGAUAAAAUGAGAAAACAGUUGAGGCUCAUUGUCCAGAGCUGCAAAACUAAAGGGCAAUCUCAGACAUCAUCUCUGCAAAAUCGGAAGCCAGAAAAAGCUGUAAAGAUGUUGUUACAGCAAACUCUAGAGAUGAACCGUUUCUCUGAAACAGACAUGCAUGAGUUGAUUCUGAAUGUUCUAGAUAUCAUCGGUUUCCCUGAAUCUGCAGACAGGCCAGCAGACAUGCAAGAGAUGCCACAGGAUGCUGAAGAGAUGGUACUUCUCUCUCCACCUGAGCAGAGUACAGCACACACACAGGAGGGAUCAGAUGAUGGUCACAGUGAAGUGUAAAGGAUCCUUUCUCAUCUACAAAAGGACACAGUCUUAAGGCCUGAUUCUGUGUACCCACAAUGCACUUUGUAAUAUUUUUCUUUGCUAAUUGGUACACAGAAUUAUGACGUCAUUCGUCUCAAAACAUCACUCCUAUGUUUCCGUGCUAAUACUGC